AUGCAAGACGAUUCUACACAAGUGGACCCUUAUGACAUUCUUGCAGUUAAUGUCUAUUCAAGCCAACAGGAGAUACGUAGCUCAUAUCGCAAACUUUGCAAAUUAUUGCAUCCAGAUAAGAUACACAACUCCAAAUUAAGUGAUAUUGAGAAUUCUCAACAACAAUUUAUAAGGAUUAAUAGAGCUUAUUCAAUAUUAUCUAAUCCUGUACUUAGAAAAUUCUAUGAUCGAUAUGGAUUUCAAUAUUUAUCUGUAGCCGAAGACGCUAUUAACUCAGCAACAUUUAAAGAUAAUAUACAAAACAAUGAAAGUAACUCAAUGGUUUUAUAUGAGAAUCAGCUUAAGAAAUUGGAAAAUAAGGUUAAACGUAAUAUAAGGACUAAUAAGAACAUAUCUGUAAAUAUUAAUUCACCUCAGGGAAUAGUAAUAAUUACCUACCUGACAUGGCCAUUUCUAUAUCAUUACCAAAAACCUGUAUAUGCAAGAAACAAAAGUCUACUCAUUAACUUACUACCAAUUACAAGCCAGACAAUUUCACAGAUAUCCCUUAGAUUUCCUAUAAGUAACUUUUUUAAGAAGAGCAAGGAAUCUACGACUUCACUAGAUAUUGUUUUAUUAAACAACUUUGUUCAUCCCAAUAAUUUUAGAAAAAGAGCUUCUAUUAAUAGCUCAAUUCACUACAUUCUUAAUAAAUAUUUUGGAAAAGGCAUUUCAUGUUCAUUACAUAUGGAUACACCUUAUCUUGGUAUUUCCCCAGUUAAAGGUGAGUGUAUUGUCAAAUAUCCAAUGACUGCAAUUGAGUUUGCCGGAAUAAAUCAAAUAGAUAUCAUUAGCAAUUCUCAAAUGCAAUUUAAGGUUAGUUUAGAGUGUGGAAUAUCAAGUUGCAAGGGUUAUAAUUUAACAAAUAUACUGGAAUCUUUUUCUGAUUCUGAUUAUGUGAUUGAGAAGAGAGGCUGUAUGGUUACAAAUAAAGUUGUUAAUAAUAAUGAGUAUAUGUUCCCUAAAUCUAACAUUCCUUUACUUGAUAUAUCAAUGGAAAAUCCAAUGAUACAAAUGACUGGAACUCAGUUGAAAUGGAAAUCCUGUUUAUCUUCAUAUGCAUCAACUAUUGAGACUAGUAUAGGACUUGGGAAUUAUGGUGGUGCUGAAGCUAAAAUUCAAACAGAUUUAUUGAACAUCGAAAGUAGGUUCCUAACUUGUUCCCAACGGAUUUCUACACUUUUCUUCUACUUAGCUGAUAGAUUUAGAUCAAAAAUUUCUACAUUACAAUCAGAAAUUACUUAUAGAUUUUUUGGAAAUAGUCCUGAAUUUUUAAUACAAACGAAGUGCACAAUUUUAACUGAGAAUCUAAACAAUUGGUCAAUUAAUCCUAGUAUCUCUUCAUUAAAUGGGUUGAAUCUAGAAUUAGGAUAUGAAUGGGGAUUUAUGGAUCAAAUCGACUUGGAAGACGAUGAUGAAGAUGAUAUCAGUAGCAAUUCAUCAAAAAAUCAAUUUAUUAAGGAAUCUCGUAUUUUUUAUGGAAUAUUAAUACAGAAUUAUUCAUAUCAUUUAAUGAUCAAGUAUACUAGGCACGGGCUUAAUUGGCAAUUUCCCUUCUUGCUAUAUAGCUGGAAACCUAGCAAUACUACUAGCCAAAUAUAUCCCAUCACAUACCAAAUUCCUCCUCUGUAUAAUCAAUAUGUAGAUCUAAAAACAAAGAAUUCAACUUUUCUUUUAGAGUUUAUAAUUAGGAAUUUUUAUAUUUUAAGUUUCCUCACUUCAGCAACGCUACUCCCUGUACUAGCUUUGAAGUUGAUUUCUUCAGAAUCAAAAGGAUUUCUACUAAAAUCUAUUGGCAGAACUUUAGAUUUCAUUAAUUCAAUAUUCUAUGUUAAUAGUGUAAGCUAUAGUAGUAAGAAAAUUUUUAGAGAACAAAGGACUACUCCCAAUUUUUGUGAGACUGAGAAUGGAAUUCCAGUUAAACUAGUAUCAUUGGAUUAUAUGUACAAACCUCUUGCGGAUGAAAAUAGGGCCAAAGAAGUAAGUUGUAGUGGAUUAGUAAUUCAAGAAGCAUUAUAUGGACCUAUUGAAGGGUUUAUUGAACUAUUAAGAGAUGACGGUAAUUCUUUGGAGUUACUUAAAAAUUAUGUUGAAAGCAUCAAAUAUAAAGUUCAGCCUAUUGGACCACAUCUAUCUCAAAUAGAGGAAAUUGUGAUCUUAGAUGUAACCGAUUUUCUAAUGGCUAGAGUAAAACAUUCUGCUAUUGAGUUAUCAUCUGUGACUAAAAAGGGACUUCUUUCAUAUGAUUCUAUUCUGUAUUAUAGAAAUUUGACGACUCAGGACUUUCUCUUAAAAUCUCGUUUCACACUAUUUAUCAAAUAUAUCUAUGGAAACAAAGUAAUAUCACGUUUUUACGAUGACUUAAGUCCUAUAAUUAUACCUUAA